GUGAAGGCGAACUGGACAAAGGCAACACCGGCACUAGCCUGUUGUUCCUGGUGAUCUGGUGACUGCUGCUUGUGGUACUUCAUCUAUGUACUCCGCGGCGGCUUUGCGUUUAAUAUCAACGUAGAAGGCGGCUUGCUUUCCAGAGCCUGCCCGUCAUCUGGAGCAAUGUGUUUGAACUGCAGCAGAGUAUUGAGAAUGACUCGUCUGCAGGGCAAGUUGAAGGGUGCCUGCAGUCGUAAGCAAUACGGGGCCGGCCAGCGCUGGCUUCGCUGCAUGAAUCGAACGAGAUCAAGCAAGCUCAAGCUCGCCUACCUGCACCUGUGGUUACUCACGCACCUGCAGAGUAACAUGUUCGUCCACAGCCGGUUGUUCCUGCUCUCCGCCGAGCCGAAUGCGAAGUUCCGACACGCAUAUAUUUCUAGUCUGUCUCCUAGUGCUCGUUAGUUUGCUUCACGCAGUCAAUUCCAAGGUUUGACUCUGCGUUGCUG